GUUUGCUUUACUUACUCUCUGGUCAAUACACAAACAUGGAGUGGACAAGUAGCAUUGGGAGAAAAGCCAUGGCUAGGCAACACAAAGCUGAAGUUAUGAUUGCUGGAGAACAACUCAGGCUGAGGCUUCAUGAUGGAAAACUGAUCAAAGACAGACGGUACCAUCUCAGGACGUAUCCAAAUUGCUUCGUAGCGCAGGAGCUCAUAGAUUGGCUUGUGAGCCAUAAGGAGGCGCCGGAUCGCGUGACAGCUGUUUGUCUGAUGCAACACCUCAUGGACCAGGACAUUGUCCACCAUGUUUGUGAUAAGAGGUCGGAGUUCAAGGAUGCCAAACUGCUUUACCGUUUCCGCAAAGAUGAUGGCACAUUCCCCUUCAAUACAGAAGUAAAAAUAUUCAUGCGAGGACAACGAUUGUAUGAGCAUCUCAUAGGGGACAAGCACUCAAUUCUGCAGCUGAGAGAGGAACUCGGUGUUGCCUAUCAACGCUCCUUUCCUGGCUGUCAGUUAAUCGAUUGGUUACUUCAAAACGGAGAAGCAGAGAGCCGGCGCCGGGGACUUGAGCUGUGCCGUGCUUUACAAGAGCAUGGAAUCAUCCAGCAUGUUGCCAAAAAACAUGAUUUCUUUGACAGUGGACUGCUUUAUCAGUUCUGCAUCAAUUUUCGCCGCAGACGACGACUGUCUGAGCUGCUGAAUGAUAGCGAACAAGACAAUGAUGAGGGCACAGCGGCGUCAACACAUGAAGACAACCACCCUGACAGUCCAUUUCUUCUGCGCAAAAAACAACCACUGGAGGCUGACGGCGCUUUCCAGUUAGUGGGGGCCAGGAAGGACCUAAAACAGGUGAUCAGUGGCCGUCGAGGCAGCUUGAGCUCCCUUCAGCUUCACUCUGCUGGAUUUCCCCCUAUUGUCCCGCUGUCAUUAACCCCAAUCAUAAGAUGCAACCCUAAAUCUGUUCUUAAAAUAUAUUAUACUUGUGAUGAGUUACUGGCACCAGGAGCCCCCUUCACCAAGAGAGUGUUGACGGUGACCGGCGAUGCACUAGGCUGGGGCUUUGUUGUUCGGGGAGUAGCUCCUUGUUAUGUGCAAGCCGUUGACCCUGGAAGCCCUGCAGCAGCUGCCGGAGUAAAGGUGCAGCAAUUCUUGUGUCAGGUGAAUGGACAGUGUGUACUCUAUCUGGACUACAGGACAGUGACCACACUGGUGAUGACAGGACCUCGCAUUGUGGUCCUUGAGGUGAUGGAACCACAGAAAUAUUGACUAAAAAAAAAGACUGUUCAGUAUUAAAAUUAUUUAUCAACAGUCAUUUUCCUGUGCUGUUCAAAGGGCAUACUGAAGGGAUGUUUUUAGACACUUCACUGAUUGCAUCAUAAAAGAAGGUCUUUCUAAUAUUUUGCACUUCUAUUGGGGAUAAUUUUACUGCACUGACCUAAAUAAAAAAUUGCAUUUUCCCUGCAA